GGCUGGUCCUGACGGGCUGGCUGGCUGCUGGGCUCCGGGCGGAUGUCUGUGUGCGUCAGACGACGGUGGGGGAGAACUACCAUCAACACGCAGCGUCUCCGAAGGAAAACACGCAGAGGAGACGCGGAGCGCUAAAAAAAAAAAGAAAGAAAGAAAAAAGAGGGGGGAAAAAGAAAGAAAACCAACCGGGCUAACGUUGGCAUCUGGAAAAGCACCGACGAGAGAAGGGAGACGGUCCUCCCACAUCCAGCCCCACACCCCGUCGCCAACCCGCCCCGGCGUUUUCCUCUCGACCACUUCGUGCCAUCCCUCUGGUCCGACCACCCCAAAGGAAACCCCCCGUUAGACCAGCGUUGCCAUUGAGCGAUGCGCUUUGAAUCUGGGAAGAAAUCCUCUCUGCGCUUUUCGAUGCGUAGCACAACCGGUGCUCUUCAUUUCCAGGCUAUGGAUUCGGGUGUUUACACUUUUCUGACGCGUUUCCAGCUGUAAUAUAACAUGCAAAACAUCAGCCUGUCAUUCCAGAGAUUGGCUGGAAUCUGAACAACCGGCUGUCACAUACGCCGGGGUGAGCUCUUAUGUGAUUUUUUUUCUUCUCAAGCUUGAAAACAACUCCGACAAUGGUCUUAGAACAGACCGCUUCAUUAAACACUUAGUAAUAGUCUCUAAAGAUCUGUCAGCUGGAUAUUUCGAUCCCACCGGGGGGAAAAAACGGCAGAAGUGAGGAGGAGUUUGAUCCUGUAAGGACUUCGGGAAGUUCUUGCUCCGGAGGGAAGACGUGGAUCGGACGUGGAUCGGCCACAUCCACGGCAUUUUCGCUGCAAAGUUGGGAGGUCAGCGGGUUGCAGCCAUGCUGUCGCUGGACGAGCCCCUGGACCUGAAACUACCUCGGAGGGCAAACGGGAAGGACAGGGGAACCCGCUCUCCUCUGCUCUCACCGCUGCAUCCCAAGCGGGUCCGCCAGUUGCAUAUGACGGAUGAUGGGACAGCAAUUAUAGAGCCCGCUUCACCUGCAUCUCCACAAUCAGGUGUGCAGGUGGUCCCUUACGACCGGACUGACACCCCAACUCCUCCUGCGGUGGACCUGAGCAUGUCUCCCUCCUCCAGACACACCCCCAGCUCUCCAGAAAUGAGCAACGGCAGUUACGUUCCCUCAGGCAAUUCUCACAUCUCGCAGGCGUUUCAAUUCUUUGUGCCAAUUGGUCCUGGAGCAGGACUUCACCUGCCAUCCUCCAUGUUCAUUGGCCAAACGAGUGACAAGCGGGCUUCCCCUGACCUUUCAGCGGAUGAACAACUUGCAUGUCGCUGGAAAAAGUGCCACCUGCUCUUUGACUCGCUACAAGAUCUUGUGGACCAUGUCAACGACUUCCAUGUGAAACCUGAGAAGGACUCUGGGUACUGCUGCCACUGGGAGGGCUGUGCUCGCAAAGGAAGAGGGUUUAAUGCCAGGUACAAAAUGCUCAUUCACAUACGUACUCACACUAACGAGAAACCACAUCGUUGUCCCACCUGCAACAAGAGCUUCUCACGCCUGGAGAACCUCAAGAUACACAACCGCUCGCAUACAGGUGAAAAGCCCUACAUUUGUCCUUACGAGGGUUGCAACAAGCGCUACUCCAACUCCAGUGACCGCUUCAAGCAUACACGCACACAUUACGUAGACAAGCCCUACUACUGUAAGAUGGUAGGUUGCUUGAAGCGCUACACAGAUCCCAGCUCGCUGCGGAAGCACAUCAAAGCGCACGGCCACUUUGUGGCUCAGGAGCAGGGCCCUCCAAGCGGGGUCGGCUCUCUGCUGAAGGGAAGCCAGAGUGGAGGACCUUCUGGCACUGGCAGUAAGGAUUCAGAAUUGCCCUAUGUCAGCGGAGCGCACAUCAUCAUCCCCGGAGCAGCUGCCGCUCUACUGGGAGGCCACACCUUGCAGGGCGUAGGCGGUACACUUCCCUUGUCCCCUCUUAGCCCAAGGCCCCUGGACCUCACCACGCUGGGGAGCCCCAAUUCAUCUCCAGCCAGCCUAGGAGGCACAUCCAUCUUGUCCUUUAACGGCUCCCCUCUGGGCCUGGCUAAGGCUCCUUUACUUUCCUCUGCCUUUCCUUCCUCGGCCCUUGGCCUGCCAAUGGUCCCGGUGCUGGGCCCCACUUCAGAGCGUCGGCCCCACAGCCACCAGGCAAAGAGAGGCAGAGGAGAUGAAGCAGAGGAUGAGAUGGCGGGGAGGGUCCUGAACCUCUCCACAGGUGGGUCUCAUGAUCCCCUAUCCUGGGUGGUCAUUCCCCCAGGCGCUGUGGUGCUCAAGCCAGCUGUGGUUAACUGAUACAAACACACGCACACACACUCUCUCUCUAUCUCACACACAUUCCAGAAGAGCUCAGGGGGUUGAUGCCAUAGGGAGGGUGUUGGAUGUCAAAGGUGACAUGGAUUGGCUUGAACAAUCAAUUCCAGGCAAUGCAUGACAAGGUAGGAGUUUGGAAAAAGACACACAUCACCUCACACAAUUUAAGAAUAAAACGCAAGCCUCUUGUAUUGUUGAAGAACUAAACUUGAGGCCCAAGAUCUGUGUUCAGGAAUAUGUACGCUCCUGGAUUUAUAUCACAAAGCCUUAAAACAAGGCUCCUCUUUGCUUUCUUAUUUUACACUUUACUCAUUCUGGUUGGUUCUGUGGAAAGGGACCGAAAGCAUGACAGUCUUAGUGCUCUGUGUUUUUAAAAAUAUGUAUUUUUCAUCUUUGAGUAUUUAUAUGACUGUACUUUGACAGCUUAGUGCUGCGGUAGGGUGCCUCACAAAAAUAUUCACACCCUUUGAGGUUUUACACAUUUUGCACCAAUGCAACUACUCCCAGGCAUUAAGCAAUUCAGAUUUACAUUAAAGCAACUGCGUUGCAAAUGAAAAACUAAAAGUGUGAUGUAUCUCUAUUUUACUUUGAUUUUCCAGUGCAACCAAGUACAGCAGCAUAAGCACAGCUGUUCUGUGGAGGCCUUUAAGGUCUGUUGGAGAACAUUAGUAGAGUUUUACGAAGACCAACCAGCACAAGACAGAGAUAAAAUGAUUUGAGAAAGUUGUAGUGGUUUUUUUCCAGGAAGACAACAACCCUAAACAGCAAAAGCUAAACUAUUCUUGUUAGAAUGGUCCAGUCAAAGUGUAAUGACUUUGGCAACGGGUAACAAGACCUAAAAGCGUACAUUCAAGGUAGAUACAAUGUAUUACUAUGCAAUAAAUUGUGUUGGUUUGCAUGACAAAAAAUAUAUAUAUAACAGUUUUGUUGUUUAAAAAGACAAAAUGUUAGGAAGCUUAAGGGGUUUGAAUGCAUUUUGCAAGGCACUGCAGGCACCACAAAGGAAGCACUCAUACACCCACGUGUAAUAGAAAGAUGAUUCAAAUGUUGUGAACAUUUGAAACAUUUUUCAACAUAAAUUUGACAAACUUGCCGAACCAAAGCAAGUGAACUUAUUAUGUCUUAUACUUCAUUUAAACAGAGCGCUUAACAGUGUCAACUUAUAGUAUUGAAACUUCAGAACUGCUGCUAAUAUUUCCUGCUCCUCCUGCUUCAUAAACAGAGCGAGAGCACUUUUGACAAUCCGUCCCCGGUCUUGUGGAGGGUAAUGAACACAGACCAGACCGGGGGCCGAACGAACAGACAAACGGUGUUAAGCCACCUUGCAAUGACCAACCAUUACUUCCUCCCUUUUUUCACAAGUGAAACUUUAGGCACUGGUGUGUCCGAAUCCCCCUGCUGGCAGGAGUCAGGCCCUCCCGACUCACAAAAACCAGCACUGUUCAGCUCCUGGAUUGUUCAGCUGCUUUACUGUAAUUCAAUCAACGGGAUCUGGUUGUGUAUAAAAGGCCCUCAGUGGUGAUGAACACUACAGUCUUGUAUUUUUUAAGCUAAAAUGACCCCAAACCAGCUGUGAAAAACAGGUGGUGGGCCUAUCUACAUGAGGUUUGACCCCAAUGAGUUUCAGCCGUGAAAAAAACAAAACAAAACAAAACAAAAAAACAAAGAGGGAAUGUUCACGUUGUUCCACAGCGGGAGAUGGGAUACACUCAGUGCUGCCUACAGCUGGACUGACUAGGACGCCACACUAUCUCAAACUGCCUCAUUUCAGUCUGCCCCAAAGGGCAAACAUGUAAAAACAAAAACAACUUCUGGGAAACACUUCAUGGUUCGAUUAAGCAGUAAACAUGCACUUACUAAAAGCUACAUCAUUUCUAAAAUGUUAUAUUUAAAGAAAAUAGCUCUUAUUUCAGUCCCCUCACAAAAUUCAGUUUUUUGUUGGGCGUUUCGUCAGACUUGAGUUGCUCAUGCAGCCAUAGUGUUGACAGAGGAUGGGGAGCAGAAGAGGAUCCUUAAAACUAAACAGACUUGCAUCUCUCCUCGCUCUUCGUCACUCAUCCGUCUCUUUGGUCUAUGUUUGCUGACGUUGGCUGUUUUUGAGUGUGAUUUUUCAUUUUCAAAACUUAGGAGCAAAAGUUUUCAAUUUGAGAGCAAGACAUUUUAUGCCAUUGCGCUCCCCUGCAUAACUCUCCUUUUUUAAAGCAUGAGGUGUAGGAUUCAUACAGGAGCAGAAGAUAGUUGUGCAAAAGGGAGAAAGCAGAUUAUGCAGUGCCUCUUUUGCAGCAGAACAUAUAAAUGUAAUCAGAUAAUAUUAUUUCAAGGGCAAUAUAAGGGCAACACAUUAUCCAAAAUCAAGAAAAAUUCUCCUCUCAAAUUGAAAAUAAUAUGCUCAUUUUUUUUUUUGCAGGAAAAUCCCCUUAUAACUGUUUUAUUUACCCGUUUCUAUUUUAUAUUUUUGCCAUUACUAUGACUUUUUUUUUUUUUUUGCAGAUGUUCAGACGAGACAUUUUCUUUGUGAUGUUGAAGUUGCCUCUUGUGUUCUGCCAUGGCUGCUCUACAAUCAGGUUUCUGCUGCCGGGAAUGAGUUUGUGAAGGGGUUGAAGU